GGAAGCAUGAGUUCUCUAUCUGGUAUUUAAGUCGUGUCGUGCAGUAAAUAAUUAGAUAAAUUAAGGAAAUAAAGUCAAGAGACAUCAUAAAAGAAGAUUGUAUCCCCAUCCAUCGACUGCAUUUUCAAUUUACUCACUCAAAAUCCAAUCUCUUCAAUUUUUUUCAAUUUCUAUCAACAAUGUCUGACAUCAUAAUAAGAAUAGCUGAUGAAGCUGAUUUAUCAGAAAUUGUAAGCUUUAUUGAGUUGCAUUUUGUAAAUGCGGAACCGAGUUUAACAGCAUAUCAGUUGAAUGAUGAAAAUAAUCAAUUGGCAAGUUCAGAUGAGGAUGAUGAUAAAUUUAUAAGAGAAUGUAUUCUCAAUGAAACUUCAUUUGUUGCACAUGACAUGUUGAGGAAUCAACUUGUUGGAGUUUGUGUAGCUGGUAAAAUUGGACCGAAUGAGCAUGAAGAGUCACUGAAAAUGGCGAAUGUUGUAGACGACCGAAAAUUUGCUGACAUUCUGAAAUUUUUAGCAUUUAUUGAGGAGCGAGCAGAUGUCUGUAAUCGUCUUUGUGUACCUGAGUCACUUCAUCUUCACAUGAUUAGCGUUCAUGAAGAUUAUUAUGGCAGAGGAAUAGCUGGAAAACUUUUUAAAGCUUAUUAUGAUAAUGCAAUAAAUAAGAAAUUUUUGGCACUGUCCAUUGACUGUACGAGCUUGUUUACAUCGAGAAUUGCUGAAAAAUACAACAUGGAUUUGUUAUCGACUGUUACUUAUGAUGAAUAUAAUGAUUUUGUUGGCACGAAAGUGUUUAUACCUAAAGAACCUCAUAAUGUUGUAAGAUCUUAUGGAAUUAAAUUGAAUAAAUUGUUACUUUAGUUGAGCUAUGAUUAAGAA